AUGUCGAAAAUCGGUGAAGAAGUAAAGGCAGAAUUGAACGCUGAUAAGCCAGCGGCUCAAAAGAUCAGCAAAGCCGGGUCGUUUAUUGCUGGUGGAAUGGCCGCGUGUAUUGCUGUAACAGUGACAAAUCCUAUUGAAGUUGUGAAAACCAGAAUGCAACUGCAAGGUGAAAUGUCAGCAGCAGGGCAGAAAAUUUACAGGAAUCCAUUGCAAGCACUGGGAGUUAUCUUCAAACACGAGGGUAUCCGUGGCCUGCAGAAGGGUCUCUCGUGCGCGUACAUCUACCAGAUCGGAUUGAACGGUUCGAGACUUGGAUUUUAUGAGCCAAUCCGGACUUUACUCAACCGCACGUUCUACCCAGCUCAGGACCCACACAAGGUUCAAAACGUGGCCGUUAACGUGACGUCCGGUGCUACUUCCGGUAUCAUUGGUGCCAUUAUGGGCUCGCCCUUGUUUUUGAUCAAGACUCGUAUGCAGUCGUACUCCAGCGCAGUCCAAGUUGGCCAGCAAACUCACUACACCUCGAUCGCUAAUGGUUUGUCGACCAUUUACCGCGCCGAAGGUCUCAAAGGCUUGUACCGUGGUGUUGACGCUGCUAUCUUGAGAACUGGUGCCGGCUCAUCUGUCCAAUUGCCCAUCUACAACACGGCCAAACACUUUUUGCUCAACAACGACCUAAUGAAAGAAGGCACGGGAUUGCAUCUUGUCGCCAGUACCAUUUCUGGUAUCGGUGUCGGUGUGGUUAUGAACCCAUGGGACGUGAUUUUGACCAGAGUGUACAACCAAAAGGGUAAUUUGUACAAGGGACCCGUGGACUGCUUUGUCAAGACUGUUCGAAUUGAAGGUUUUGGUGCGCUUUACAAGGGUUUCGAAGCCCAGCUUUUCAGAAUCGCGCCACACACAAUCUUGUGUUUGACCUUCAUGGAGCAAACCAUGAAACUUGUUUACGCGGUCGAGAAAAGAGUUCUUCCCGCGUAG